CUUAAAUUUUGUCUUGGGGUCAUGGCAGAAGAAAUAUCGAAUAGUGUGUUGAAUUUUGAUAUUGAGUUUGAUGAUGAGGAAUUUAAGUCUGACUUGCCAACUGUUGAAAACCCUACCCUUGAAAGUAUUCUGAAUGAGUCUGAAGACUAUGAAUCACCAGUGGAAGAUGACACAUCGUCUGUUAUUUCUGCAGUACAAAUGUUUAAAGACUCAGGCGACACAACCUCUUUGUCAAGCUCCGACAGCAACCGCACAGAUCGCAGUGCAAGAUCCAGACAGAAGAAGAAGAUUGACCUCCAAAAGACAGUUCAUGGCUCGGUUUUGAAACCAAAUCGUUUGAAAAAUAUUGCAGCUCAGCUGCACAGUGCUGCAGAUAGAGUUGAUGCUGGGAUGCCAACGUCAAUGGCAGUUUCGUCCUUAAUUGCCAUUGGAACAUCGCAUGGACUUGUGCUAGUGUUUGAUCCAAAACAGGUGUUGAAAUGGUGUCUAGGAAGCACAGCAGUGGGGCAGCAGUAUGGUUCAGUGUCUGCUUUAAGUUUCAACAAAGACUGUACCAGAUUACUUUCUGGAUUUGCCAAAGGACAAAUUACUAUGUGGGACUUGACCAAUGGCAAACUUUUGAGGACGAUAACAGAUGCUCAUCCACCAGGGUCAGCAGUCUUGCACGUGAAGUUUACAGAUAGUCCCGUGUUAGCUGUGUGUAGUGACAGUGGUGGGUCGGUGUUUGAACUGGAAAUGAAGCGAUUGAUUGGCGUACGGACCUGUGAAUCUAAAUGUCUUUUCUCAGGAAGUCGAGGAGAAGUUUGUGUUGUCGAACCCUUGCAUAUGAACCUUACAAUCAAAGAUCAUCCAAUGCAGGAUGUUAUGGUUGUUGCUAUGGCUACUUUGUCCAAGGUUUUGUUGGUUACACUUAGACCCCAGCUGAAAGUUGUAUUCACCCAUGCACUAAAGGGCAGUCCCACCAGUUUGCCACUGCUAGCCUGGCAGUUUGUCAUCAUACAGGUAUCAGAGAAGGACCGAGUCAUUGACCCAGUGUUGGUGUUUGCCAGGGAGUCCACCAUCUACUUCUUCCAGGUGAUCUGUAACAAUGCCCAGGAUAUAAAGUGUUCAGGUCUACAGAAGAUAAUUGUACCAUACAAGAUGCUGAGUGUUGCUUGGAUGAAUCCCAGAAUUUUAGUUGCCUUGGAUACUAACGAAAAAAUUCACGUUAUAGAUGUCAGAUCAGAGGAAGAACUUGAGGUCCUUGAUGUUUCGGAUGUACAGCUGGUGUACAACAACAGUCAGUUCAAAUCUUUGGCAACAGGAGGGAAUGUCAGCCAAGCACUGGCAAUGGCUGGAGAGGAAGCCUGUUACCAGACAGUGGUCAGUCACAAUGGUCAGUUACUACUACUGGGCACCAAGGCCGUCUAUGUUUACACCCUGCGCAACUGGAAAGAGCGUAUUGAUGUACUCGUGAAACAGAACAAGUACAAUGAAGCACUGGCCCUCUCCUUGUCAUUCUACGAUGGUCGAGCCAAGGCCAUCAUAGGACUCGGUGGGUCCUCCAAAUCAAAGAGGGAAAUAGUCUCUGAUAUGAUGUUGGAGCUACUGUUUGAGUAUGUAGAUUUGUCAAUGACGACACUGUGUCCAGAGAAAGGGAAGAUGGAGGAAUUGGAAGCAUACUAUCAGAACAUAGUUCCUGUGUGUGUUGAUUACUGUUUACACCUCAGUAGAACUGACAUCUUGUUUGGAAGGAUUUAUGACAGAUUUGCUGUAGAUUACAUUGCCCGGGGGACAUUUUUGGAGUGCCUGGAGCCCUAUAUCCUCUCUGACAAGCUGCGCUCCAUUCCCCCGAGUGUGAUGAAGGAUCUGGUAGAACACUAUCAAGCCAAGAACAUGCUGGAAGGGGUGGAGUCCUGUAUAGUUCACCUGGAGGUCACCAGUCUGGAUAUACACCAGGUUGUAAAUUUGUGCUGGUCACAUGGACUGUAUGAUGCCAUCAUUUAUGUCUACAAUAAAGGGAUGUUUGAUUAUACCACACCGUUAGAAGAGCUGUUGGGGAUUUUACAGCAAGCUGUCAGCACAGGCAUACAGUUGACGGAUGAACAGAUACGACUGGGAAAUAAGCUGCUGGUCUAUAUCAGCUGCUGUCUAGCAGGAAGAGCUUACCCAUUAGGAGACAUCCCAGAAGAAAUGGUGGCAGACGUCAAAAAAAAUGUCUUUCAGUGUAUCACUCGUUUGAGGGUCAAGAAUAAUGAAUCAACCCACCCAUACUUAAGGACAUUGCUUCAGUUUGAUACAAGAGAGUUCCUUAAUGUUCUAGCUUUAGCUUUUGAAGAGAAAGAAUUUAAUACAGAGGAAGGAAUACGUAAUCGUCAAAGGGUAGUGGAUAUUCUGCUGCAAGUUGUGGUGGAAAGUGGAGAAUUCACCCCAACACAGAUAGGGAUCUUAUUCACAUUCCUAGCCAGACAGAUGGCUUGUCAUGAAAAUACCAUCUUAGUCAACAGAGUCUUAUUUGAACAGGUGCUGGAGUUUUUAGCUAAUCCUGAGGACGAUUCUCGCCAUGAGGAGAGACAGCAGGCUCUGAUGGAACUCCUACAGGCCGGGGGGUUACAACAGGUUGACGAGGAAAAGUUACUGUCUAUGGCCGAGAAUGCUAAGUUUUAUCGUGUUUGUGAGCUGCUGUAUGAAAAGAGAAGACAUUUUGACAAGAUUCUGUCAUGUUACCUGAGAGAUCCCUCAAGGAAGUAUCAUGCCUUUAGCUAUAUAACCAGUAUUCUGAAUAGCGAAAGAUUUACUUUGGAGGAACAAGAGAGGCUAAAAGAAGAGGCCUUUAAUCAGUUAGAGGAAUUAGUGUCAAUAGAUUGUAAGCAAGCAGCUCAGAUGGUGAUUUCUACAAUGCCCAAAAACCUGGGAGUUGUAGCCAACAAAAUGAAAAGUAAUCCAAAGAUUUUGUUCGGUUUCUUGAAAGGUGUGAUGUCAUACAGGGAAUCGAGUAGCAGCGCCAUACACACAGACAAACAGGUGAACAUAGAGCCGUGGAUCAUGGAACUGUAUGUGGAUCUUAUGUGUCAGUUCAGACCACAGGAAGUGUAUAAUUACAUCAAGCUUAAUGAAGGUUACAGACUGGAGCAAACUCUGGAGAUUUGCAGAAAGCACAAACACUCUGAAGCCACGGCUUACUUGCUGGAGAAAGCAGGAGACAUUCAGGGAGCUUUUGGAAUCAUACUGACUAACCUCCAAAACAAACUGAAAUUACUGACUAAUGAGUUACUGACCCCUGAUUCCGAGAAAGAUGUUACAGUGCAGUUCUUAGAAGUCCAGGCUCUCAUUCUGGUGGUCAUCCAGCUGUGUCAGAGGAACUCGGGCAAAAUGGACGAAGCAGGACGAGAGUCAUUGUGGUUUCCGCUGCUGGAGACUGUCAUGUCACCACAACGGAAACUAAAAGACCUGAACAACAAGCAGAUUCAUGAAGAUUUCAAAAAGGCUACACAUCAUGUCCUCAACAGCAUGAUGGGAUAUAUAGCUUUACCCACAAUUCUUCACAAAAUUAUGCAGGAUCCUGCAUAUAGUACUGGAAAGUUUGGCGAAGUCAGGGAGUUAAUCCUAGGGAUGCUGGAAACAUACAAUUAUGAACAAACUCUAAUGGAAACCUGUAAGAAUUUGUUGAACCAUGAUAUCCACGUACAUCUGAAGAAUCUAACAUCAGCUGCCACCAAAGGUUACAUUCCUAAAGGAGAUGGUUGUGAUCUAUGUACCAAGCAAUUUAUCAACCAGAAUGAAACAGAUACUGUCAUCAUAUUUAGAUGUGGACACAGUUACCAUAAGGGUUGCCUGCAGUCGAUUGGAUCAGUCCAUGUGAUUGAUGGUGAAGAUUCCUGGAUUUGUUAUCUAUGUAGUCACCGGAAACGUGGCCAGUUUCAGAGCACCAGGUUUCACCGCAGUCUCAGUAACCGUGGACAACCCAAAAGCAAAGAUAAUAUUUCUGUUGAUCCCCAGCAUAGUCAAGCCCUUGAUUUUGUGAGAAACUUUUUAAAGACUCCAUCAAGAGUGAGUUGGAUUUCACUAACGGUGUCUUCUAAAUUUAAAAUGUGGAUUAGAGACAAAGUACAUGAAGUACAACAUGUCUCUGGUAAUACAUAUGAUAUUAAAUGUGUACAUGGAAAUGUUUAUUUUGGUCAAAACUGGAUUUUGAAUUGUAGAUGGCACUACUUAAUGAACUAUCUAAGGAAUCGGGACCAAGGUCACACAGAGGAACUUCAAGUAUCUUUAAUCAAGAAAACUUCCAGCUCAAAUUGGCACCUCCACCUGCAAUGGAAUCUGUGCCAUGACUUUAGUUGUUGACAAUUUAUCGACUGUCACUUCAUUUUGCACCCCAUGGUACCACUGUGACAGUACAAAUAGGCUGGUACAUUUUUGUGCAAUAUAUGAGUUGGUAUGUUAUAUGUUUGAAAUUUACAAAAAAAGUAAGCUGUUGUUCACUCCAUGUAUAUGUUACACUGUACAGUAAAUAAUGCAUUCAGAUUUCUGGGUAGAAAAAUAAAAAUGACUUGCAAUUUU